AAGUGCAGCAACAGUUUUAAGGUACGGUCUCCAAAGAGCGUUUGAGCGACACGUUCGAUCGGUUUUUCUUUGUCUUACACGACGUUAACCUAUGUACAUACUCUCUUUACUUCCCUCGGCGGUUGCGGCUCUAAAGUCUAAACUGCUCUAAAAAGCGCAUUGGUAUAGUCUAACGUUUCUCUUCCCUAUCUAUACUAUACCAUGUUGACUUAAUCAUGGACUACAAAACCGGCCCUUAGCUGGUUUAAGUUUAAUUCUAUCUCUGUUCAAUGUUCAUGGUUUACAUCGCUGGCACUCUUUGAGUCUUUGGCCGGUUUCUCUUUACACGAAAUCACCUCGUCAUUCUUGGAAUUGCUUGGAAGUUGGAACGCGGCAGACUGUCGCCAGUCACGCCAGACGAAAACAACUUUGUCACUGGUCACUACAAUUGCUUUUUCUUUCACCUCUUUGUUUUUCACUCAAUAUUAUUCCAUGCUUAUUGCUUAUGCAAAAUUUACCUGUCUUGAAAUAUUUAAAUACUCGUCUUUUUUAAUAAUUAUUAAAUUUUUAUUUUCUAUAUAAAUUAUUUUUAUAAAUCUAUAUAAAUUUACUAACAACAUAAAUAUUUUUAUUUUUUCCUCUUAAACGCAAAGAACAUUUCUCUAUUUACCAUGCACAGUCAUACGUAGCAAAUAGCAAUCGUCAUUUAGUGCAUGUAAAUUUAACGAUUAUGACUGCGGCGUCUCGGGGCAAAAAAGUGCAAUGACGAGUAAGCAACAAGAAAAAAUGUAUACAUAUACAUGUAUAUGUACAUACAAGUGUGGUUGAUCUCGGUAAUCUAUUCGGUUGAAACUUGGCGGAAUUCCUUGAGUGUCGGUGCAUUUACACGAGGGGAGAGGAAAAGAAAAGAUGUGUGACGCGCUACUCACUCAGGAUUUGCGAAAGCGAACACCCUGUGUGCGGUGGUGCUUGUGUCUGAUGCCACAGUCAGGCUGCCAGCAGUAGCACCAGAAACAUAUCAGAGUUUCACGUUUUUAUAUUUUUUAUUACGCAACAGCAACAGCUUAAUAAUGAUAAUAUUCAGAGUAAAAAAAUCAAGGAUUUAUUAUUCAUAUAUAUUUUGUAAAAUUUACAAACAAAACUUUUAUACAUUUUGAGGUGUUUGAAAACUUUUAUUUCUUGCUAUUUUGAAAUUUUAUGAGCAAUUUUAUUUCAGGAAAGUUUUACAGAAGUAAAAGAGUUUGCGUUUAUGUCAAUUAAGUGAUUUGUUUUUAUUACUUAUGUUUUAGUUAAUUUAUUUAUGUGCUCGUUAUAAUGUGCUUUUUAUAAUUUGAGUUUUUUUAACAAUGACGUGUGUGUGCGUGUGUGUAAAUAAGUUAUGAGUGGCGCGGUUCUUUACUUUUGACGUCACGUGCUCUUCUACUCUUUAUUAUUUAUUUUUUACAAUUUUUUUUUGUAAUUACACAAGUAUGUUCGAGAGAAAGAAUAGGUAAUAAAUAGAGAAAAGUGAGCUUCAAUGUAACAGUAAAGUAAAGCGAAUGAAAGAGUAGACAAAAAAAAAAUUAAGUUUAUUUACUUAUGACAAUAGCGUGCUGUGAUCAGUAAUUGUAUUCUAUAAGAAAAAAAAAGAAAAAAAUGAUAUUGAGGAAAUUGUCAAAAGUCAUCAAUUCAGUUAAUAUUCAAAUUUAAGGUGAUAUCUGUUAUAAUGUCGAAGUAAAAAUUCGUGGCAAAACGGCAGGUCUACAUCAGCACCAGAAGUAAACGGAAGGAUAUUAUUUGACAAUAAAACCGUGUAACAUUAUAGCAGAAAAAAAACAUUCUGUACUUGAGAGUAUUGUGGCAAUGACAGACCCGCAAUUGAUGAACAACAAUAACACCACCAACAACAACAAUAACAAUAACAACAACAACAACAACAACAACAACAACAACAACAACAACAACAACAACAACAACAACAACAACAACAACAACAACAACAACAACAACAACAACAACAACAACAACAACAACAACAACAACAACAACAACAACAACAACAACAACAACAACAACAACAACAACAACAACAACAACAACAACAACGAUAAUUUUAAUAAUAAUUAUUAUAAUGCAAUUAAAACUUAUAAUAACGAUGUCGAGCCCAAGUAUUUGCACAAGAAGUUUAAGAAGGUGGCAACGAGUGAGGUUGUACCGAUGGAAAUCUCGAAGGAAAAAUCACCAGUUCUUGAACAAACAACAGGUUUAUCAAAAAGUGUAAUUAUACAACAAGAUAAGCUUAGCAAAGAUAAUAAAAAGUCUUCCAAAUGUGACGACAUAACAACAGGUCUUGAUUGUGAGUCGAGUGAAUCAAGAAAAAGUCGUUAUAUUUGUCCAUAUUGCAAACAAGUCUGUACCAAGCCGAGUGUUCUUAAGAAGCAUAUUAGAUCUCACACAAAUGAACGUCCUUAUCCAUGUACAUCCUGCAAUGUUUCUUUUAAAACACGAUCGAAUCUUUACAAACAUCGUAGGUCUAGGGCACAUGCUUUGAAAACGACAAGCAGAGAGGUUGGAAAGGUCUCUGAAGACUCCGAUGUAAGUUUGUCCGAUAGUGCAAGCAAUGGAACACGCCCAUUGUCUCAACCGCCUGAACUACCAGAUCUAGAGAUGUUGCAAAUAAAAACGAUAAAGACUGGAAAGAUAUAUAAGCCAAAAUUUCACACGGCGAUGCAAUCUAUAAAUAGUGAACUUGAAAUCUCGGUGCCAUUGAACCAUUCUGCAAACAGUUUGUCUAUUACAACGAAUAAUAAGCCAAAUGCAGAACAAGUCCAAGAACAUAUUGAUAAAAUUAUAACAGAUAAUCAAACUAUUGUAGAUGCUGUCGAUCCUCGAUUACAAAAAUUGAUGCAACGGCAACAGAGUUUUUUUGAUACGCAAAAUGCAACUGAACAACCCGUUGAUCUGUCACCUAGUGACGAAUCGACAUCAAAGAAACGUUCUUACAAUCAACAUUCUGUUCAAAACCGAUCUUUGGUAAUACAAGAUCCAGAUAAAUCACCAAUUAUUAUGGAUUUACUUUUGAACUGUCAAAGCCCUGAAAAAAUUAAUGACACUUUGAUCAAUGGGUUUGAAAAUCUCUCUCAUUCAAGUGUUGAUAAUUUUGAUGUUCGACGUGUUUAUUGCAAUGAAGCUUUCUCAACAUCAUCUUCAUUAUCAUCAGUACCUUCACCACCUUUGAAGUAUGAUUCUCAAUUAGAGUUAGAAAUAAAUCAAAAAGAUGACUCGGGAUUACAAAAAUUAAGUGAAUAUCAUCACACAACUCAGCCACUUCCAUCACCAGGUCCUUUACUUGGCAAUACAAGAUUAGUCGACGCUUACGGUCCUUCGUGUGCAAAAAAACUACGUUCAGAAUCUAUUUCUACCCUUCCAAGACCAAAUUCUGUACAAAUGUUCGGGGGUGAAGUUCGCAUAUUAGAUAAUAGUGGAGAAACUAAAACCAUGAGGAUCGAACCGCGACAAACAAAUUCACCAUCUAACGAGCACAAUUCGAAUAGUCAAUGUGCAACUACUGAGACAUCAUCUAUAGUCGUGAGAUCAGGACUUCAUUCAGGUGGUACAAUAGUUCAUAAACCACCAGGUACACCAGCCAGUGCUUGUAUAAAUUCUUCAUUAACAAUUUUAAACACACCAGCCAUUUCAACACCAAUCAUACCAAAUAUAUCAACUCUAAAUAUUGCACCGACAAUGACCUGUUACAAUUACUUACAGCCUCUUACAACUAUCAAUGGUUAUAAUCCUCUCACAUUACCACAGUCUGGCUUAGCAACUAUUUUUCAUGGUGGUAAAAUUAUUCCCUAUGUUCCUGGAAUGCCUGGACCACAUAGUCUCACAAACACAAGUACAGCUCAUAUAUCUCCAAUGCAACAUAAUCGAAUAUCUAUGUGCAAAGUUAUUCCUGGCAUUCCAGGACUUCAUAUGGGAUCACAACCAUUGGAAUUAGAAAGCUCAGUUAACGUCCAAACACAAAGUGAACUUGAUAUCCUAAAAAUACCUACCAGUACCUUGCCAUCGAGUUUGGGGAAUCCUUCAAGUCCCGUAAAUAAAGAAUCCACGGUUGGAUCUAAAACACCAAAUAGUGGGUUUUUAAAUCCUGAGACUUUAACCAAACCCGAAGAUAAGUUUUAUUCUCGAAGUUCUUCAAAACCGAUUUCUCCGUCUUCCAAUGUUAUAGUAAACCGAUAUAUUACAAAUCAAACUAAGCUUACAAUCGAAAGAGGAUCAAAAAUUGAUGAAGGACCUAAGAAUACUUCAAAUGAACUUGAUUUUUGUACGUCUGUGAAUUCUUCUGUCAAAAGAGCUUCCCCGAGAUCUAUUGAGAGCAAAAAGCGAACAAAUCAAUCUGGCGAAAUUUGUCUUCCCUCAAGUGAUAAUAUAAUAAAAAUAUGUGCAUUAAAUUCAAGGAAAAAUGAUGAAUCUUUAUAUAUUGAUGUGAUUUCUAAAUCAGAAAGUGUUUCAAUGGAUAACCUCGUAGUUUAUAAUGAAACCAAAAUUCACGAUAGAAACAGCCAUGAAAAUCCGAUUAAUGAUAAUCGAGAAAAUAAUUCAAAUUUUUUAAGACCAACAUCAUUACCUUUAAAACCUGGCACAUUUGUACCAAAAAGACAUCAUGGAAUAACACCAACAGCCAAUACAGAAAAUUUAAUAACUCCAGAUACACCAAGGCCAAUCAAGUCUUAUGGUCAACUUUUUCUGAAUGGUCACGCAUAUACAUAUCUUGGGUUAAAAUGCUCAACUAAAGUAUUUUAUUGUACUCUUAAUCGUCCUCAACCUAUGUAUGUUCCACAACAACAUGGUUUAUCAAUGUAUUCAAAUUGGAAAAUCUGUCAAGAAGUAUCACUAGAUCUUGAGUUAUCACAUUAUGAUUCUCGACAUCGCCCAUCAAAUUAUGCAAUAGCUCAUAAAGCCGCCGAAAAUAUUUUUACUCACUCAUCAUAUCAUCCGUUCACACCAUCAAGUCCUGAUUCUGGUUUGGAAAGUGAUCCACAAGAAAAAUUACAUAAAGCUACGAUUUUCAAUACUGGAUUUGAGAGCCAUGACGAUUAUAUUUAUGUUAGAGGACGAGGUAGAGGUAAAUAUAUAUGUAAAGAAUGUGGGAUAAGAUGUAAAAAGCCUUCAAUGUUAAACAAGCAUAGCAGGACGCAUACCGAUGUAAGGCCAUAUACUUGUAAAUAUUGUAUAUUUAGUUUUAAAACAAAAGGAAAUUUGACAAAACACAUGAAGUCUAAAUCUCACUACAAAAAAUGUAUUGAACUUGGAACUACUCCAGUACCAACAUCAGUCUGUGAUGAAAAUAUUGACAAAGAUGCUAUUGCCAAAUUGGUUGCUGUUGGAGGAAAUACUGAAGAAUCGUCGGAGGAAGAUGACGAAAGUGACAAUGAAGAAAGUGAAGAUUCUGGUACUGAAGAACAAGAAGCUGCACAAAGUCUUUUGAGACUCUCACAACCAAAUACAAAUCAAUUGCCAGGUUUACUUCCUUCUGGUCGACCAUUAACUUAUCCAUAUGCUCGCGCUAAUUCUAUCAUAGUUACCACUGGCAAAAUACCAACAAUAACGAGCCCUAGUGUUUCAACAACUUCUGCGACGUCUACAGUUAUACAAUCUGUUUCUCACAGAUAUUAUUUUCCUUCAAAUAAAUCAAUAUCUAAAGAAACUCGCGAUAGCGUAAUUCGUUCUUCAAAACUAGAAAAUUCUGAUUUAGACACUAAAGUAUUGGACGAAAUUCUAAAGCAGCGGCAACAGCAGCUUUCCCAACCAAUCGAUUUGACAUUAAAAAUACCCGAUGUUAUUUCGACACCUGUAGUUUCAAGAUCAAAUGAAUUGAAAAUUGCCCCUGUUUCUAAGCCUUUUAUAAUUCAUGCAAUUACGAGAACGCAACAUUAUGAACGGAAGCCAAGAACUGAUGGUCAUAUGCUCCAAGCUUAUUUAACAGAAAAGCACAUGAUGGCGAGUAAAACAAAGCAACAAUAUUUUGUUGCUCCCAGUAGAUGUGAUGAACAUUCUGUAAUUUGUUCAGACAAUGAUUUUACCAAAUCCAAAAAGUAUUUUUCCGGUAGCACCUCUUCUAUAACUUAUACUGAUUCAAUUCAAAUGCAAAAAAUAUUUCUUCAAGAGAAAGAAUGUAAAAAGGCAUGUGAAAAAAACAUAUUUGAAAUGAAAACUUUGCAAUCUGAACAAAAUUUCAUAAAAAAUGAAUCUCGUAUCAAAAAAAAAAAACUUCAUAAUAGACAAGAAGUAUUAGGUACAGAAAACAAAAUCAAGUCGGGUUAUAAACAAAGUCCUAUCAUUUAUGAGAAACAACGAGAUUGCAAGCUGUAUUAUGAGUCAAGCGUGAAUAAUUUAGAGUUCAAUGAUGAAAAUCGAGAUCAGCUUACAAAAGAUAUUACAAACAUUGAUGACAAACCAUCAAACAGAAAACUCGUUGGUCAUAAAUCGCAUGAUCAGCUACAACCACUUGACAUCCAUUCUGAAGAAUUCCGAAAUACAUCUGAAGAUUUAAGAAGUUUUGAAAAACCAGAUAUUAAGCAUCCUAUUCAGUUGUCUAAUGGUCUGAAGCACCCAGUUGCAAGAAAAAUGGUCGUUGCUUCAACACCUUCAGGAGGAUCUUCCAAAUCACAAUCUGAGUUUUUGCAACCUUCUUGCAGACCAACAACUAGUUAUCCCAGUUGCAGUGAAAAUGAGGAUGGAAAAUGUAUCUGCAAUGUCUGCAACAAAGAAUUCAGCAAGAUCAGUCAACUGAAACUCCACAUGAACAUUCAUUACUUUGAGCGUCCAUACAAAUGUGAAAAUUGUUCGGUUUCAUUCCGAGCAAAAGGACAUCUUGCAAAGCAUGAACGCUCAUCCUCACAUAUGAACAAAGUAACCAUGACGUCAACAUUUGGUACCGCAACUUCGAGCAAUCCAAGACCUUUUCAAUGCACCGACUGUAAUGUUGCAUUCAGGAUACAUGGGCACCUUGCCAAACAUCUAAGAAGUAAAAUGCAUAUCAUGAAACUUGAAUGCUUGUGUAAAUUACCAUUUGGGACAUAUGCAGAGAUGGAAAGAUCGGGUAUGAAUAUGAACGAAAUUGACACCACAGAUUGUAUUCAAAGUACUGCUAGUCUACAGAUAAUGGCGCAUAAACUUUAUGAACAUGAUCCAAGUAAUAUGGGUCAAUGGGAUCCUGACAUGAUGCCACAAGGAACGAGUGGUGGUGACACUUCUUCAGAUGAAAGCGAAUCAAUCCUUUCUCAUCAAUAUCAAAAAUUAGCUGACUCAGAGACAGCACAUGCAUAUCACGACACAGUAACCUUAACUCAUACGAAUGAGUCGAAAGAAGAAGAAAUUGAAGAAAUCAAGUCCAAUUCGAAUAUUAAUUCUACAUUGUCUAAUAAGUGCCAAAUAUGUCUAAGAUUAUUGAAAACUUUCGAUGAGUGUCAAGCACACUGUCUGCUUGAACACAACGGUGAAGGAUAUAUAGAAAAAGAAGCUGAAUCAAUCAAUUAUGGUAAUGGUCAUGACGAAAACAUGCAGAAACGUAUUUUUUAUGCUAGACAAACUUGAGAGGACCAAAGUCGAUGAAGGAAACACGAUGUAUAGUGCCAAAGUUUUCCCUACAUUUUUUAAACUACUUUACAAUAAUUUUUUUUUGAAUUAUUAUUUUAGUGCACAGAAUAAAGUUUGAAAAAUCUAUUUUUAUGAAAUUUGUUAUCUGUACAAAGAAUGAAUAAACUAAUUAAAUCUUAAAUAAUCCAUGCAAUUAAAGUAUAAUGAAAUAAAUGGUCACACAUUUAAUAUUAAAAAU